CUUUCAGUUUUAACCUGCUCUCACACAUUGGCUAUGGAAGAAUGUGUACAUUUUCUGCACUCCAACAAUACCUUUUAAAUAAAAAGUUUUAACUUUAUUAUUUAUACGCAGGCACUGUCAGUACAGCCAAAUGGGUCUUUCAAAUGUCUUCGCAAAAACAUACACAUGGCAGAAGUUUGGCUGUGCAGCCUCGCACCAGAGAGGAUGUAGCGAAUUUCAGUAAAGUUAUUUUGAAUUUAAGACUGCACAAACUGUUUCAUCAAAAUUUAGAGAAGAUUUCAAGAUGAGCUUAGAGCCAUGUCCAUAUUGUGGAAAACCAUUCAAAAGGCUGAAAUCUCACCUCCCUCACUGUAAAAUGUCUCCUGGUUCUGAGACCACCAAAAACAAUAAAGCCCCUGAAGAAUUACUCACUACUACUCCUAAUGACACAACUCCAAAAGAAAAGAAAAAAAAAGUAAACGGCUUUGACAAGAGGCUGAAUGACUCAUCCUUUCAGUCUAUCUCAAAAAGCUUGGCAAAACCGAAGGUCAGUAUGACAGCUGAAAAGGUAAAUAUGGAUGAGCUCACUGUGGCCAAAGUCCUGUCAGCAGAGCAAAGGAACCCAGCCACUGUGAAUCCCAAAAGCAAGUGGCUUGCAAAAAGAGAACAAGAGAUGGCUAAACAAGCUAUACUUUUAACACAGAAGGGAAGCAAAUUGAUCUCAGACUCUCAACAGGAGAAGGAUAACUGCUUAUCUGAAACAUUGCAAGGCCAAGUUAAAGAAACACCUCAGACGGAAGGCCAAAACCAGAAAACGCUUACAGGGACCAAACUGACCUCACUAGUAACCACCAAGAAGUUCACUGCCACUGACCUUUUGCAUGUUACAUGGACCACAGGCUCCCAGGCUGAGAGAAGUAUGCCAAACUGUAAAGCAAAAGGAAAUAUUUUGGAAGAAAUACAAAAUAGCCCAAAGGCUUUGACCAAAGAUCAUGCAUCAACUCCAACAGUAAAAGAGCAGGCAGAUUUCAGUUUCUUUCAAUCCAAGACUUGUGUGUGGGACCACAUUAAACAUGGACUUUAUGCCAGGAGAUCUGGUAUUGUGUCAUUGUUACCCCCCACAGCAGAAACACAUGAAGCAUCUAUUUCUAAAUGUGAAAAUACUUCAGUCUUUGUACACAAGACUCAUAUAGAAAAUAAUCAGAAUGCUGUUACAAAGGCAUCCUCUGCACCCUUGCUUGCAUCUGCCCAGACUUCAGUCCAAAGGCCUGCUGAAGACAUGCUUACUUCAGAAUUACAAAGCAAGACUAUCAUGAAACGGACACCUGAGAUGGCAACAGGUUAUGAUGGAACACUAUUCUCACCAUUCAGGAACUCAGAAAUGUCCUCUAAUGAAGAUUUAUGGACAAAGUGUGAAUCCUCAAGGUCUCCUCCACAAAGUCAAGGUCCUGGGACAGAGCAGAGACUAGGAGAUGUAAGACUCGGCGAGCUUGCUGCCUGGCUUGGCACUCGGACACCAAAAUCACCCAGAGAGGCUGUGACCAUGUUGAGCAGAGGUUGGCAGUGGUAUUACAGGAAGUACAUUGACGUGCAGAAAGGAGGAAUUGGUGGAAUUACGAUGCUGAUUGCUGGUUACUGUGUGCUAAGUUACAUAUGGAGUUAUCCCCAUCUCAAGAAAGAACGCUGGAGGAGGUACCACUAGAGUAUUUGGAGGAUUUUAAUAUUUCAGAAGUGUUUGAAUCAUACUGGAAAUAUGAAGGGAUACAAAAUGACACAUUUAAGAACAUAUUGAUAUGGUUAUUUAUUUAGAAAAUGUCUAUUAUUAUUCUUGUUGUUGUUGUUAUUAUUAUUAUUACUAUUAUUAUUAUUAUUAUGAUCAUCACUUUUUAAAGUUUUUUGUUUUUUAAUUAAAUGAAUUUCUGCCAUACUUGCAGACAUACAGAUAGGACCCUCUGUGAGUCCUGAUGAAUGCUUAUCAUGCUGCAACUUUAGUAUUAAUUUUGCUUAUUUAGAUGUAGAUUUUUAAUUAUUUAUUUAUUUUACAUGAUUAUGCACAUGUCUGGUUUAAAAUAGACUUCAAAAUAUUUUGACUUUGCCACAAAUACCUACCAACUUGUUUUGGUGAGUUCAUGAACAGUGCAUCUAUCAAGGGCAGAUGUCUUGUAUUUGUCUUGUAUUUGUCUACCUGAGGUCCACUUAUGACAUUUGUGUAGUUUUCUGUAAAAAACUGUCAUAAUACAUUUUGCAUCACCAUUUUCAAACCUCUCAUUUUCCCUGUUUGUUACUGAUCCUUUAGGACUUGUUUAAAUAAAUGAGCUCUGUUCUGA